ACUUCAAUCAAAACAUUUCUUCUUAUCACCCUUAGCCACCACCACAACCGCCGUCAGUUCCUCCGUUGCUGUGUUCUAACUCUUGGGUUGUUUUUCUUUUUCCUUUUGUUGAAGCUUUAAAAAAAAUGGUGACAGUGGAGGAAGUUCGUAAGGCACAACGCGCCGAAGGGCCGGCCACAGUGUUGGCGAUCGGUACGUCGACUCCACCGAAUUGUGUGGAUCAGAGCACGUACCCUGAUUACUAUUUCCGUAUCACAAAUAGUGAGCACAAGACUGAGCUGAAAGAGAAAUUCAAGCGCAUGUGCGAAAAAUCAAUGAUCAAAAAGCGUUACAUGUAUCUAACAGAAGAGAUUUUGAAAGAGAACCCCAAUGUAUGUGAAUACAUGGCACCAUCACUUGAUGCAAGACAAGAUAUGGUGGUAGUUGAGGUACCAAAGCUAGGCAAAGAAGCCGCCACCAAGGCUAUUAAGGAAUGGGGUCAGCCCAAAUCCAAGAUCACCCACCUCGUGUUUUGCACCACCAGUGGUGUCGACAUGCCCGGUGCCGAUUACCAGCUCACUAAGCUUUUGGGCCUUCGCCCGUCGGUUAAGCGUCUCAUGAUGUAUCAACAAGGUUGUUUCGCUGGUGGUACUGUGCUCCGUGUGGCCAAGGACUUGGCCGAGAACAACAAGGGCGCUCGCGUGCUUGUUGUUUGCUCGGAAAUCACCGCGGUUACUUUCCGUGGGCCGAGUGAUACUCACUUGGAUAGUUUAGUUGGCCAAGCGUUGUUCGGUGAUGGUGCUGCUGCUGUUAUAGUAGGUGCGGAUCCAUUGCCUGAAAUCGAGAAGCCUAUGUUUGAACUCGUCUCGGCGGCCCAAACGAUCUUGCCAGACAGCGAUGGUGCCAUUGACGGUCACCUUCGUGAAGUUGGACUUACAUUUCACCUUCUCAAGGAUGUUCCCGGCCUAAUUUCAAAGAACAUUGAAAAGAGCCUAGCUGAGGCAUUUCAACCUUUGGGCAUUUCGGAUUGGAACUCGCUCUUUUGGAUCGCUCACCCCGGUGGUCCAGCCAUAUUGGAUCAGGUUGAGGCGAAGCUAGCCCUUAAACCCGAAAAACUCCGAGCCACGAGGCACGUGCUUUCAGAAUAUGGGAACAUGUCAAGUGCUUGUGUGCUGUUCAUAUUGGAUGAGAUGAGGAAGAAAUCAAAGGAAGAUGGACUUGGAACCACGGGUGAAGGGCUCGAGUGGGGUGUCCUGUUUGGUUUCGGACCAGGGCUCACUGUUGAGACCGUGGUGCUUCAUAGUAUCUCUGCUUAAACAAGGUUCUAAUGUUCAUGUUGGCUAGCCCAGGCUGCACUACCAUUUGCUUUGCAUUUUUCUUUAUUUUAUUUUCCUUUUUAUUUCUGAAAUUUGGGAUUUGUAUGGUUAUUUGAAAGAGAGUAAAGCUCUCAUAUAUGGUGUUUAACGCCUGUAGAAUUUAUGUACCACCUUAUAUUUUAUGGUAAUAAUAAAUUGCCUUUUUUUUAGUUGAAAGUA